ACUUACGUAAUAUUCAAAUUACCAAGGACUAUCUGGUCCUAGGAGGAAAUGUGACCAUUACCAUGGCGAUACAGACAUUUCAAAAAUAUUCAACCGAACCCAAUUUUAAAUAUCUAAGUCAAUUGGCCGAGCAUGUAGAAAAGAUCGCAAACGUACCCGUGCGAAAUAUUGGUAGCAUCGCCGGCAACUUAAUGAUUAAGCACGCGCAUAAUGAGUUCCAAUCUGAUAUGUUUUUGGUAUUAGAGACCAUCGGUGCUAAAAUACAUGUCCUAGAAUCACCAAGUAGAAAGCAAAGUAUGCACCUUAUCGAAUUUCUGAAGCUCGAUAUGCAUCAUAAAAUCAUCUACAGUGUUGUAUUACCACCGUUAUCCAACGAUUAUGAAUUUAGAUCCUACAAGAUCAUGCCUAGAGCCCAGAACGCUCAUGCUCACGUCAACGCCGGCUUUCUCUUCAAACUCGAUGGCGGUGGCAAAGUAUUGGAAGAACCUAACAUCAUCUAUGGUGGCAUCAAUAAACAGUUCUUGCACGCAACAAAGACACAGCAACAACUG